AUGAUGUUUGUGUCCUGGUCAGAUCAGAACAACAUUCUCAUCUACAGGACAUUUGAAGACUUUAAGAAAUUCCAUAAAGAGCUGAAGAGAAAAUUCCCCACUGAGAGUGGGUCACUGAGGAGUUUACCCAGGUUUAAAGGAAUAACUAUGCAGCAGAGGAAGGGCGGGAAGCUGAACAGGUGCCUGGAGAUCCUGAAACUGCUGGAAACAUAUUCCCAGGAGCUGCUGAAAACAGAUGUGAAAAUCUCCCGGGGUGAAGAGGUGAAUCAGUUUUUCAAGGCACAGACUCAAGACCUCGAUCCCUCCUUCCCUGAAAACAGUGUGGUGAUCAUGCCAUCAGUAUUCAGAAGGGAGAAGAGCCCCCAGCCCCUCUCCAUCACCCUCCCUCAGGCGUCGCAGAGCUACCACUGCAUCGAGGCCUUUGAAACCAAAGACACAAAGAACAAACCCUUCACAGUGGCCCAGAGGGAGAUUGUGGAAGUGCUUAUCAAGGACAUGACUGGCUGGUGGCUGGUGGAAAAUGCAGACAAACAGAUAGCCUGGUUCCCAGCCUCGUACCUGGAAGAGCUUGAUGCCUGUGAGGACGUCCAGAAUGCCUUCAGCUCAGACGAGGAGGGCAGCCUGUACUUUGUGGUGCAGGCCUACGAGGCUCAGAAGGCAGACGAGCUCUCGCUGAACCAGGGGGUGGUCGUGGAGGUGCUCAGGACAUCCCACAACGGCUGGUGGCUGAUCCGGUACAACGGCUGCACCGGCUACAUGCCCUCGCUGUGCCUCCGGCCCUACCAGAACCCUCACCACAAGCUGCAGACCAUGCUGAGCCCGCACGCCCGCAGCCCGGGCCUCGGCUGCCCUCAGCCGCGGGGCGCGGCCCGGCCGGAGCCCGCCGCCUCCCCCCGGAGCCGCUCCCGCUCUCUGCCGCGGGCCAGCUCCACCCCGCAGCUGCAUCUGGGGCUGGACAGCUCCUCGCGGAGCUCGGCGAGCAGCGGCGCCUGGAAAGCCGACUUGUCUCGGUCCCUGCCCGAGGUGGAGCCGGCCAGGAGCGCUCCCGGGCCGAGCCGCGGGCCGGCCGCGCACAGCGGCAAAGCCCCGCACCUCAGCGCCGGGGACAGCAACGACUCGGGCUUCGCGGAGCCCUCCGCAGCCCGGCCGGAGCCGGCCGCGGCUGUGCCCAGGGUGCCAGCCCGUCCCUCCGCCCAGGAGAUCCUGCAGCGCUGCAGCACCGUCACCAAGCGCGCCGUGCAGCAGGCGGCUCCCCGGCCCGGCCUGCCGCUGCCCUGCCGCCAUUAG